UUUGUUUACGUUUGUUUCUCAUUCAUUUCUGAAUUUAUUUUUUUGACCCUGAUGGCUCCGAAGAAAAUUCAUAACGAAACCGCUAAGCGUCAUGCCAUAACGCUGGAAGAUAAACUGAUUAUGAUAAAACGCCAUGAAAAAGGUGAGAAAGUGGUAGCAAUCGCGCGAUCUUUUGGGAUGAGUCGGACAACUGUGUCGACGAUAGUUCAUAAUAAGGACAAGAUUUUGGCACAUAUCAAAUCUGAAGCCCCAGGGAUGAAGAACACUGUCAUCAAUAAGAAAAGAGGCAGAAUCUAUGAAGAGAUGGAAAGUCUUCUUUCUCUUUGGAUUGUUUGGUUGAAUCGCCAGCGUGCUCCUAUUUGUCAGAAAAUCAUUCAAGAGAAAGCGUUGUCUUUGUUUGAGGAACUGAAGAAAAAGUAUCCCCACGAGAAAGAUGUAGAGUUCAAGGCAAGUCAAGGAUGGUUCAUGAGAUUUAAGGAGCGAAGAAGUUAUCACUCCAUUAAGGAGCAAAGUGAAAGUGCAUCAGCUGUCGAACAAGCAGCAGCGGAAUUUCCUUGUGCAUUGAAGAAAAUCAUCGAAGAAAACGGGUUUCUUCCCGAACAGAUCUUUAACGUAAACGAAACUGGAUUGUAUUGGAAAAAAUUGCCAGACCGUUCGUUCAUUUCCAAGGAGGAGAAAACCAUUCCAGGCUACAAGGCCUCGAAAGAACGUGUGACCAUUAUGUUGGGAGGUAAUUGUGCAGGAGAUUUUAAGUUAAAGCCAUUGCUUGUGUAUCAUGCACACAACCCCCGUGCCCUGAAGAACAUACCCAAGGCAUCUCUCCCUGUUAUAUGGAUGGCUAAUUCAAAAGCAUUGGUUACUGUUGUUGUUUUUGAAGAUUGGUUCUUCAAUCAUUUUAUCCCAGCAGCAGAGAAGUACUGUAAGGAGAAAAGGAUUCCUUUUAAGAUUUUACUUAUCUUAGAUAAUGCUCCUGGCCACCCGCAAAAUAUCGUAGAUUUCGACCCCAACGUUACCGUCGUAUACCUCCCUCCGAACACCACGUCUCUUCUGCAGCCAAUGGAUCAGGGAAUAAUUGCUAUCUUCAAGCGUUACUAUAUGAAGCAUACGCUGCGGCAAGCAAUAGCUGCAACUGAUCUUGAUGAGUCCAUCACACUUCGUGAGUUUUGGAAGAGAUACGAUAUCUACAAGGCCGUACAGAACAUAGCCGCGGCAUGGAAUGAUGUACAGAGCACGGCUAUGAAUGGUGUGUGGAAGAAGCUAUGCCCGCAAUUCGUGAAUGAUUUUAAGGAGUUUGAUAAUGUUGCCAUCAACAAAACGUUGGUGACUAAGAGCAAAGAACUGGAAAUGGAUUUGGAGGAGGAGGAUUUCACAGAUUUAUUUGAAAAAGACAAGCAGCCCCUGACGGACGAGGAUUUGAUAGAGCUUCACGAGCAGCAAAAUAAAGAAGAAAAAGAAGUUGAACCUGAGCCACGUCACUUUACCAUUAAGAAAAUGCAGCAAGCAUUUGCAUACAUCGAAAAAGGUCUUUCUAUGUUCGACGAUAUGGAUCCAAAUGCUCAGCGCUUUUCCAAGAUUAUGGGCGCUUGUCACGAAGCUCUUGCUCCUUAUAAUGUAAUCCUUGAGGAAAAGAAGAAGAAGACUGUUCAAGGAACUCUCAACCAGUUUUCUAAGCGCGUCGAACAACAAGAACACCCAGAGUCAGCUGUUGAUGCUGGUGAUCCACAGCCAUCUACAUCUACAAUGUAAACCACCAAAUUAAAUCCACCACAACCAUUUCUAAAGAAGAUCUUCCACUCAUGUUGUUAAUCCACUGCAUCAACGAAAUAUAAAAGCAA